UUUUAAACCAGGUCAUUACAAAGAAAAGGACAGCCUAGGAGCCACCAUUAUUGCUUUUUUCAUUGCUUUGAUUCUUCUUCUUCUUCUUCUUCUAUGCACCGUGUGAAACCCCUUUAUUUGUUCUAUCUUUAAGAGCUGCUUGCCGUGAACUGCGGUUGCUUAUUUGCGGCCUACCUACUUAAAGCUUUCGAAAUUCUUCCUCGAUUAGCUGUCGGCGAGCAUCGACAUUUUUGUUGCCUGGCACCGUCAAAGCCACGAUUGUAGCUAUUGACCAGUGUGAUUCAAUGGAGAAAUCAGCGGUUGUCAAGGACAAUUAUCUCAACGGGAAUCAAUUUCACUCGUUUUCUUCUUCCUCUGCUUCUCUUAGAGACGUUAACUACAGCUGUGGCAGUUGUGGAUAUGAGUUGAACUUAAGCUCCUCCAAUCGAAACACCUCAACUAUUGGAUCUAAAUAUGGGAAAUCAAUAAAACGAGGGAUAAUCUCAUUCUUUGACAUUGAUGAGAGCAGAUUUACUCAGGCUGAAGAAUUCCAAUGUAUUCCUAACUUUUCGAAAAAUUCCUGGGGUUUGUUUCGCCGGAGAACCAAACUUCUUUGCCGUAAAUGUGGCAAUAAUAUUGGAAUUGCUUAUGAAGAUGAAACUUCUGCUUAUCCACUUGUAUCAGAUGGUUCAGAUUUAUCGUCAGUUAAUGGAUCCAAACAUCAAAAAUAUGAUGUUAAAAUCCGUGCAUUACAGCCCUCAUCUGUUGAUCGGUCUGGCAUUCGACUUUCUGUAUAGUGUGUUGCCGCCAGUCUUUGAAUAAUUUAUGUUAAUUGAAUUUGAAGGGUAUCAAUCACUCAAUAACUAUAGCAAAAGUUCUCUUGUGAUAUAUUCAGGUAUACAUGUUUUGAGUCCUCUUUUAUUUUUUGUUUAUGCAAUUAUCUUCAUUUUUUAGAUGUUUAGUUGGUGCUUGUAAAGAGCAGUAUUAGGAAAUGAACUAAAAAGAAAGCAAGUGUGGAGUCUGAAGGGAGUUGAGGGGUUGAGGAAAGUUCAUAAACCCUUUUGAGAUUUUAUUUGUAUAAUAAUAGUGUGAUAUCUGGAAUUUUUCUAAAUGAAUGAGUAGAUUUUGGAGAA